UCUGGUUCAAAUUUGGAAAAGUUAUUGAAAUUAGGAGCUUCAGUAUUUCAUGGAGUCGAUGCAACAAAUAUGAAACUUCACUCAGACUUACAGAUGCUCAAGUUCGAUCGAAUUAUCUUCAACUUUCCUCAUGCAGGUUUUCAUGGAAAAGAGGAUAAUGCCGUCCUAAUUGAGAUGCACCAGCAACUUGUGCUAGGGUUCUUCAGGAAUGCAAGUGAAAUGCUACGAGCCUUUGGGGAAGUACACGUAACCCAUAAGACAUCAGCUCCAUAUAGCCGUUGGAACAUUGUGCAACUUGGUUUGGAAUGCAGUUUAUUUUUAGUUGAGUGUGUUGAUUUCAAGAAAGAAGAGUAUCCAGGUUAUCAUAACAAGAGAGGAGAUGGUACUAAAUGUGAUCGGUCUUUCCGUUUGGGACCCUGCAGCAUCUUCAAAUUUUUUUAG